AUGGCUGUUGUACCUGCAAUACUCUGCUGCUUGACACUAACAUCAGCACAUCCACAUUCAGGCCCGGCCGGUCAUGUUGCCACUCAAGUCGAAACCUCUGGCUGGGCUCAAUCUUCUCUGUCAUGGGUAAACAAACAGACUUGUCGAUGGUUGAGCAAUUGCGGAACAGAGCGCUCAAGUGGCGAACGCUUGCUUUACCAGGACUUGUCGUCAAGCCAGCAAAUGCCUCUGUCACAAGGCAGUCCCUUGGACAGACCGGAUUCAUCAACUUUCUGGACGAGUGGCCUUGAAAAUCCAGAAGACUGGUCAAAGGAAGAGCAUCUCUCAAGAAACAUCCCUCAAUAUGUCUAUGACUACACGCCAUACGUCCAUCUGUUCUCAGGGGAGCAAUUCUGGCCCUGUGAUAUUGCUGAACAUCUCGUUCAUACAUCGCCUUACGCAAAUUACACUCUCAUCCGAAGCAUGGAGAACGAUAGGACGCUUGACAAUCUUGAUGAGCUGAAUGAGUAUGGUCACUUUGCAUAUCUCAAAAGCGAGGACAAUGUAGAAGAGCGACCUGAUUGGCUAGGGGGAAGUUCGAACAUACCCAGAGGCCCUGAAGACUUGUAUGACAAACCAUCUGAUCUAGUGUCGAAGAACCCGCUGGUCGAGUCAGGACAUGUGCGAGGUCAGAAACGAUGGAAUGAAUUCGGAAGACAUGGUUCCGAAGGUCGAGGCAAGCCUUCAGACAAGCUGCAAGAGCGUGGCGGGCACAGCUCUGCACCAGCAGUGCUCAUCGUUGUGCCAAAGGAAGACGGAGUGGUCGACGCAUUCUGGUUCUACUUCUACAGCUACAACCUUGGAAACAAGGUACUGAACAUUCGAUUCGGUAACCAUGUGGGAGACUGGGAGCACUCAAUGGUCAGAUUCCGCAACGGUACUCCUGAAGCAGUGUAUAUCUCGGAACACGGAGCGGGAGAGGCAUACGCUUACCAUGCCAUCGAGAAAUACGGCAAGAGACCAGUCAUCUACAGUGCAACGGGCACACACGCAAUCUAUGCAACGCCAGGGUUACACCCGUACGUAUUGCCGUGGGGCCUCUUGCACGACCAGACAGAUAAAGGACCCCUCUGGGACCCCAAUUUGAACCAUCACGCGUAUGUGUACAACUACACAUCUCGACAGCUAAAAUCAUCGGCGCAGACACCAUAUGCGCCGGUGAGUUGGUUCAAUUUCAAGGGCCACUGGGGAGAUAAAAUCUACCCCAUGAGCGACAAGAGGCAGUACCAAUUCUGGGGACAGUAUCAUUAUGUGAGCGGGCCCUUCGGACCACGCUUCAAGAACCUAGGUCGCAAGAAGGUCUGUCAGAACAUGCGAGAACAGUGUAUAAUCAGACAUUGGCUUGGAGAGGAGGAGGGCAGCAAUGACGGAGAGAAGAAGUUGCCAGGGGAGGAAAUAGGGGAUGCGAUAGAGGGUCCAGAGACGGCAGAGUAG